GCCAUUUUCUGUCAGCUUGAACUUCGCCUGUAGCAGAAGUAUGCAGGCUGCUUCAAAAUUAAGCGACUUAGUGGUCUGUUAAUUUGCAUAAACUAUGUUUUUAUCUGUGCUAGGUACCUCAUCAAUAGCUUGCAGUGGCAAUGGAGGCAAUGAUGCAAACUGUGUGGUAAUCACAACAUAAACCAAAAUAUUCCUAGCUGUACAAUACUCUUUCAAUACAAUUCAAUGCCUAACAUUUCAGAAGAGGAAAAGGAGAAUGGCUCUGGAAACAAUGGAAACACUGGAAAGAAACCUGGAAAAGAAUCCCCAGAAGCUUCUCUUCAUGAUCCUGUAAAGCCAUACUGCAUGUCAGAUACCUCCACUGCGUCACUGGUGUCUAGGGGAGAUGGGCAUUACCCAUGGGGAUGUCCUGUGACUCAUACACGAGAGAAAUUUUAUACCAUUUGCUCAGACUAUGCUUUUUUAAACAGAGUAACAUCUAUUUGUAAAAGCCCAAGUGCUUCAGUUAGUGCCUGCCUGUCGAGCAGUGCUGCCUUAAAUGUUGGAAAUAACACGCCUAGCUUGCUGGGCGUUCAAACUGGUGCUUCAGACAUAAUCUACGGUGAAGAUGCUAACUUGGAAGACUUGUCUGGCAGUCUUGGAAAGCUUCCGCUGGCAUGGGAAAUCGACAAGUCAGAAUUCAACAGCGUGACCGCAAACCAUAAGAACAAAGCAGGCAACAUGAAGAAACAAGUGACAAAGAAAAAAUCUGUGGAAAAAAAAAGCAAACAAUACAGGGAGUGUCCUCAGCGCUCUGCUCUUGAGGAUGUGAAGGAGAGGAAAGUGUUGGACCUCCGGAGAUGGUAUUGUAUUAGCCGACCUCAGUAUAAGACUUCUUGUGGAAUUUCUUCGUUAGUAUCUUGCUGGAAUUUCUUAUAUAGUACGCUGGGAGCUGGCAGUUUGCCACCUAUUACUCAAGAAGAAGCUUUACACAUACUGGGUUUUCAGCCCCCAUUUGAGGACAUUAGGUUUGGUCCAUUCACUGGAAAUACAACUUUAAUGAGAUGGUUUAGGCAAAUAAAUGAUCACUUCCAUAUCAAGGGAUGCUCAUAUGUUCUGUAUAAACCUCAUGGGAAGAACAAGACAGCCGGAGAAACUGCCUUGGGAGCCCUCGCAAAGCUAACACGUGGAUUGAAAGAGGAAUCAAUGGCCUACAUCUACCAUUGUCAGAACCAUUAUUUUUGUCCAAUCGGGUUUGAAGCAACCCCAGUCAAAGCUAGUAAAGCAUAUAGGUUGCUGGAUUUGGACUCGGGAGACCUGGGUUCAGUUCCCAGUUCAACCACAGACUUCCAGUGUGACUUUAGAGGUCGUGUCUUGCAGCAAGAAGUAGAGUAUUGGAUCUUAAUUGGAGAGCCGAGCAGAAAACAUCCAACGAUACACUGUAAAAGAUGGACAGAUAUUGUCACUGACCUAAAUACCCAAAAUCCAGAAUAUCUAGAUAUUCGACACCUAGAGAGAGGAUUGCAGCAUCGAAAAACAAAGAAGGUUGGAGGAAAUCUUCAUUGCAUCAUUGCCUUUCAGAGACUUAACUGGCAACGAUUUGGUCCUUGGAAUUUUCCGUUUGGAAAUGUCAGACAGGAUAAACAAUCCCAAACACAAGGACAAGGUAUCGCCAAAUCUGAGAGUGAAGACAAUAUCUCUAAAAAACAACAUGUACGACUGGGUCGGUCUUUCAGUGCCGGUUUCCAUCAGGAAUCUACAUGGAAAAAAUCUAAUCUUCAUGAAAGGAGGAACAGUGGGUAUCAGAGCUAUAAUGAUUAUGAUGGAAAUGAUUAAAAUUAACUUCAGAUAAUAGAGUUGAUAUAUCAAAGUUAGUUUUAAUCAAGACAUGGUAGGGAUUUAUUAGGCCUAGGUUAUGUAUGAAUAAAAAUUAUUGUUUAAGAUACAGCUUCAUAAUUAUUGAAUAAAUCUGAUUAUAUGGUUGCAAUGGAUGAGAUCUGAUACAUAAACUGACAUAUAAGCACAGAUUGUACUUUUGUAAUCAGAAGCAAAUAUGACAGCAAAAACCAAUCACUUCUUUUGAAAUAAUUGUACUAUAUCCUGAGCUGUGAAAACAAAAGAGCAAACUGAAAUUAGUCAAAGUAAUAAUCAGACUUAAUUGAAAAUACUUAAUACUCAAAAGCAUGAAAAUAUAAUAUGACUUCAUAAAAAAGGGUUAUCUGCA